CUGCAAGUGUUGUGGAACAUUGUGAGUGAGCAAAGUAUGGCGGUCCUACCCGGGAGUGUGUCCGUGCCUGUGCUGGGCCUGGCGGUGCUGCUGGCGCUGGUGCUGCUGACCUUCAAGAACCUGAGCAGCUACCUGCGCACAUGGAUCCAGAUGAAGCCCAUCCAGGAGGUGGGGAGCACGUACCCCUUCAUCGGUAACGCGCUGCAGUUCAAAUCCAAUGCGGGAGAUUUCUUCCGGCAAAUUAUAGAUUACACUGAAGAGUUCUGUAACGCACCUCUUCUUAAAAUCUGGGUCGGCACCGUUCCUUUUGUGGUUCUCUUCCAUGCCGAGACUGUUGAGCCAGUGGUGGGCAAUCCGGUUCACAUGGACAAAUCCUAUUCAUACAGCUUCCUCUAUCCUUGGCUUGGAACUGGUCUGCUCACCAGCACAGGCUCAAAGUGGCGCGAGCGUCGCAAGAUGCUGACGCCCACGUUCCACUUCACCAUCCUGCAGGAUUUCCUGGAGGUGAUGAACGAGCAGGCCGAGAUUCUGGUAAACAAGCUGGACUCCCGGGCGGGGCGGGGCCCCUUUAACUGCUUCAACCACGUGACGCUGUGCGCGCUGGACAUCAUCUGUGAAACGGCAAUGGGAAAGAAAAUCUACGCCCAAAGCAACUCCGAGUCCGAGUACGUCCAGAGUGUGUACAAAAUGAGUGACAUCGUCAGUCGCAGGCAGAGGUCGCCCUGGUUUUGGCCCGCCUUUAUGUACAAAUACUUUGGCGAGGGCAAAGUGCACGAUAGAACCCUCAAGACUCUUCACUCCUUUACCUACGAGGUGAUCCGGGAGAGAGCAGAGAGCCUGAAGGACGAGCAUGACAGGAAGGAGGACAAAUCCGAGUCGGGCACCAGGAAAAGACGGGCGUUUUUGGACAUGCUCCUGCAGACCAAAGACGAGGACGGCAAGUCCAUGAGCCAUCAGGACAUUCAGGAGGAAGUGGACACCUUCAUGUUCAGGGGCCACGAUACAACAGCAGCCUCCAUGAACUGGGCCCUCCACCUGCUGGGCUCUCACCCUGACGUGCACGGCAAAGUUCAGCAAGAGCUUCAGGAAGUGUUUGGUACGUCGGAGCGAGUGGCCAGCAUGGAGGACCUGAAGCGGCUGAAAUACUUGGAGUGUGUGGUCAAGGAGGCCCUCAGGCUCUUCCCCUCGGUGCCCUUCUUCGCCCGCAUCAUCUGCGAGGACACCGACAUCAAUGGUUUCAAAGUGCCCAAAGGUGCCAACGCCAUCAUCAUCACCUACGCUCUCCACCGAGACCCCAGGUACUUCCCUGAGCCCGAGGAGUUCCGCCCUGAGCGAUUCCUGCCCGAAAACUCCACGGGCAGACCUCCUUACGCAUACAUCCCCUUCUCCGCUGGGAUACGCAACUGCAUCGGGCAGCGUUUUGCGCUGAUGGAGGAGAAGGUGGUCCUGUCCGCCAUCCUGCGCCGGUUCAACGUCACGGCCCGUCAGAAGCGCGAGGAGCUGAGGCCGACGGGCGAGCUCAUCCUGCGGCCGGAGAGCGGAAUCUGGAUCGAACUGGAAAAGAGGCCCCCGCUAGACCCUGCGCUCCUUUCGGUUGCUUCUGGCUGAACGGUUCCAUGCCUUGUCAAUCAAAACCUUCCAUGUGGGUCAGAAUUCAAGCAAAUAAAUUUAACUCUUACGUAUAUAUAUUAUGUAUAUUAUUAUUAUUCAUAAUAACAUGUGCUAUUUACUUAUUUUGCUAAUUUAAGCAUAGAGUGGUGUACUACCUUCAGAAACUUAUAUUUUUGAGGCUGAAUAUAGGGAGGAUGACACAAGUAUUAGAUGCUGAGUGCUAAACUGAUCCAGUUUUAGUGAAACACUAAGCAUCAUGUAGCAGUAUUGCUAAGAGCUAAGAAGAAAUGCAAACUAUGAACAUCAUAAAACAAGCACUUACUGUACAAU